UAUACGAAAGCGACGUCGGAAAAGAAAAGUGUUCGUUCCAUUUUCAUCCAGCAAUUCAUGUAUCGUCCCGUUCGUUACGACUGUGAACAAUUUCGACGUGUGCUUUCGGUAUCCUUGUAGUGUGUUUUGAGGUAGUGAUAAUCGCGAAACGCACGUCUCGAUCUUAUGAAAGCGAUACAUACAUCCUCAGCGGGAUUGUUUUAGUAGCUGUGCGUCAAAGAAAAGUACUCCAGCAACGGUAGUAGGUGCUGGGUCGUGAUGAACAGAACGCUGCGCGAACGCAGAGGAAAGUACAAGCAAGCAAAACAAUUGGUAAUCACAGGCCAAACAAAGUGAAUGUUUUGGUCGGUUGGCUUGACAAAUCGUGUUUGCUGAAUGCUAAGGCAUGCAGAUGCUUAGCUAAGGAAUAAAAUUAAACUUACUAAUGCUGUUGGAGAUUAGUCUUGCUCCUGCUAUAGGCGUAAAGCUUGUUAUGGAUAUGAAAAUAGGUUACACAAUGAGCGGAUGCCGCAACCGUCGCCAGAGCUAAAGUGUCAAGCACCUUAAUGUAAACAUGUGCAGAUUUUCCACGAGAGAACUGUCAGUUAUGAAUUGUCAAAUUCGCAUGAGAGCGAAAGGGAAAGGUACGAAAGACGAGGCAGGAAACAGAGAACCCACGGAAACGGGUGGUGUGAGCGAAAACGAGAAAAGCUGAAAAGUCCAUCAAAAGCAGGCACGAAAAAGCAGUCCAAGAGGCUUAAGGAAAUCGUGAGGAAAAAAUGAAUGUUUUGUGAAAAGAAAGGAUCGCCGUGAAGCUGCUGUACGUCACGUUUGGUAGUGCGAAUCCAACACCGUGUGCAAAAGUGCGUUAAAUGCUUCUGUAUAGCAAGGAUACAGAGUGAUGAUGCUGUACACAUAGUGGCCACAAGGAUUCUGUCUCUGUUGUUGUUGCUGCUGUCCGAAUGCUCCUAUUCGGCAGACGAAGCAAUCGACGAGAAAUUUACAUUACUUCGUUUACUUGAACUGCUAGUGUCUUCUGGAAAGGUCCGCGAUACUUGCCCAUAUCCGAAACAGCAGUAUUUUGAGAGGCAAGAAAGCGACUGCGGUAACGCUAUUGUAGGCAGUAGCACUAGGCGGAUUCCACAAUCAUUAUUGCAUCCUACACUGUCGCCAGUGCAGGAGCAGCAGACUCAACAACAGCAGAUCGUUGGAAGAAAUGUAAGGAUUAGCAUGGAUAAAUGUUUAUUUAUUUGAUGCUGCUAUGAGCUUCCAUUCCACGAAACAUUCUCUAAAUGCGACAAUCAAAAGGGAUGCACGCAUAGUUCCGUUGUAAGUGCUGAACAUUCAAGGACGAUGUUGAAGGUAUAAAAAUGAAGCUUUAUUGCUCGCAUACAUAUGCGUUUUAAUUGAAUCAGAGAUCGAGAAAGUAACUUUGUAAGCAAAACUCGGCUACCGAAUCAGUGAAAUUUUGCAUGCGUACUGUAGGCUGACGGGCAGAGAUUUCUUAUGUAAGCUGUUCAAUGUAAAAAAGUGUCUAUACCCACACAUUGCGAUCCAAAGAGUGCGAUUCCUAUAAUCGCUUGCUGGGUGAAUGCAUCAACAAGCAGUCGCGGUCGGUGGUGGCAAAGAGCACAAUGCAAAGUCUGGAAACAACAUCAUGCCAAGAAGCCGACUUUAUGCUAAAUGAUGCCUACUGCAAGCUGAGGAAAUCCCCCGCACGGCAAUCGUCCCUGAUGAUUGAUCCUCCGCCGCAGUAUCCCAAUCUACCCAGUCCCCUUCUUAACGACAGCACGCCACUAUUCAAUACCUCGUCAUCCGGCAACAGUCCGAACCCUGGCUCACCAUUGACGACAUUCGCCUCUCUAAGCGCCGGGCAUCACUCCACUUCGCCGCCGGCGACGUUACUAGCUUCACCUUCACCGUCAUCCUCACCGACCACCAGAACGACGACGGCGACGACCACAACGACAACAACGAUUACACCUACUACACCUACGGGCAGCAGCUCGAACCGCUCAUCUUCGGUAGCUCCCAAUCAUCAUCCACACGUAGAAAAGCGUUUAGCAUCAGAUGCGUCAUGCUACGGGAGUGGAACUCCUUCGAAAAAAACAAAGCUUUCUUCCUCGACGUCGUCGUCCCCAUCCUCUUUUCACGUUUACACGGCGUCAACCUCGUCGUCUUCCGUCCUAUAUCGUCAGCACCAAUACCAUCACAACUAUAACAGUGGUGAAGAUGCGGGCAGCGGCAAUGGAGUCACUAUGGCCAGCGGGGUACUGCAACCAUCGCGAACUGUCGAUGGCCUCCUGUGCACUUCCUCGCCAACGUCAGGCGGUUCUGCGGGGCAUGGAGGCACACACGAGAGAUUAAACAUACAUGACAAGCUAAGAGAAUUAUUUCUGGAACUUCUUGCGGAGGAUUCUAGUGAAAGUGACCGACUAAGUCUAAGGAGUACAUCUUUUUUGCUGGAAAAACUCAUCUUGCGUGAGCAGCUGAACACCCUGAUUGUGAAUCUGUACCCAGGGAAUAAAGGCUACUCCCUAGCAUUUCGACUCGGGUCACAGGAGGAAGGAUGUCGGAAUGUCUCGAAAAGUGGAGCUGCUGCUACCCUGUCGGGUUUCUCGUCGAUGGGAACAGGAGUAGGGCCACCGUCCGGCAACGAUUCAAUGACGUCGAAUGCUGGUGAUCUCAAUAGUGAAAACCUGCAGGAAACCAUCCGAUGGCCAUAUGAGGAAGAGGAUUUGCUAGACUCCAUCGAUCGAGAGGAACUGCCGUUGGUGUUAGUGGAUAUAUUGGAGAGCAAGUGUCCGGCACUGUUUUACUGCGGUUGUGUGGUGGCGGAGGUUCGCGACUACCGACAAUCGUUUCCUAUUUUUACCUGUGAUACUUUCCAUGUGUUGCUGAAACCCACCAAUCAGACAUUGUUGGCCGAUGUGAAUAUCCUGACUGCUGAGGGAGAGUGGAGUGCUGAGGAUAAGCUGGCUUUGGAAAGUCAGCUUGUACUGGCAACUGCGGAACCGUUAUGUCUCGAUCCAAAUCCGGCAGUCGGGAUGAUGGCUAUUAACCAGCAACAUCGAAGACAAUUGCUCAACACAGCUCCAAUCCGGCGACAGGCGAAAAAGUUCUCUCAGGUCGCAGUCAACCGGAAGAGGAAAACCGAUCAGUUCACACACAACUUUGGGCUGGAACUUAGCGAUUUUAUGAAUAAGUACCGGGCGCGUCCUCCCCGCCAACAGAACAUCCGGCGUGGUGUGGUAAGCUUCACUUUACCUAAAAAGCCUUCCGAGGUGGUGCCGACUGUGAACCUACCCAACCUGGAGCUGCCCGAACUGGCCACACCCUCUGAAGUAAACGUUGAAAAGUAUGCCCGCAAAUAUGAGGCUCCCAAGGAAAGUCGCGAUUGUAUACCGCAACUGAUCGAAGAAUACAUAUUGGAAACAGACCGUGUUGUAAAUCGGGGCGAUACAAGAGUGUAUCACAUUAAGCUGUCCAUAUUUCAGCGGCCAUCCAAUUCGGAAUAUCUUGGUGAACUGUAUGUCGAUCGAGACUAUCGCGAGAACGAACGAAAUGGCGAAGCAUGUCAAUUUUCGCUCGGAACGCGUGCUCAUGCCCAUCGGUAUAUUCAACAAUUUACGGAAAUAUUUACUGAAGAAGGCAGAAAAUCUGUCAAAAUAACCCAUCUUGUACCGGGGCAGAUUCCCAAGGUGUUGCACACCGCUGGUAUGCGAGAACAAAACGUUCAACAGCAACAGUUACAACAGCAACAGCAGCAGUUGCAACAACAUCAGCAACAGCAAUUACAGCAACAACAACUUCAGCAGCAACAACAACAGCAGCAACAGCACCAGCAACAGCAACAGCAACAGCAACAGCAACAGCAACAGCAGCAGCAACAGCAACAGCAACAGCAACAGCAACAGCAACAGCAACAGCAACAGCAACAGCAACAGCAACAGCAACAGCAAAAGCAACAGCAACAGCAACAACAGCAGCAAUCGCUAGUUCAACAACAAAUAUCUCAAAUUCAACAACGGUUGCAAUCACACCCAACGCAAGCAUUGCUUACCCGGUUACAGGCGACCAAUCCAGCUUUGGCAUCACAAAUAGCAACAGCAACGGGAGUCAAUGGCAGCAUCACACUGAAUGCAACGAAUCCUAACACACUUCCUGGCAAUCAGUCGCAGCAGUCGCAAACUACAUCGAGCCCAUCGGCUACCGUUCAUCAGACGUUGUCGCACCAGCAGGUUAUACCGACAGCGACUACUGGUCCAAAUAUUAUAAGUAUUGGUUCAACAGCGUCAGCUACGCAACCAUUACACUCACCAGUUCAGCAGGCUGCGCAAACGCACAUCCAUAUUCAACCGCAACAUUUACUAGCUAGUUCUGGCCACCAACAGCAAAUGUUUAACACAAACACCUGUGAUACAAGCAACGAUUCGACCAAUGUCGUAAACACUGGUGCAGGCACAACAGCUAACAACAUAGCGACUUCACAAGGGACAACUAUUACGCUCCAAACUCAACCAUCGUCACAGCAACAGCCACAGCAGCAAUUGCAACCAAAUCAACAACCACAGCAAACGCUCAGUCUGAGUAAUGGAUCGUUGCUGCUCGUGCAACCUUCUGGUCAAAUAUCGAAUCUUACAAUGACCACCAAUGCUGCCGGACAACAGCAACUGUUAGCAACUGCUGCCGGAGCAGGUGGAAAUGCAGUGACCGGAGCGCAAAGUUUUACAUUCUCAUCGGGUGGACAAACAGCUACAAUAAUAAAUCAAGCCGGUGCUCGAACAAUUGGCAACACCGUUCCGCUGCUCGUUCGCCUGGACAACACAAAGGUGUCACGGGAUGCUUCGGGAAAUUUGAUUUCCGCUCUGUCCCAGCAAACAACAUCUGCCGGUCAUGUACAACUUCAAACACAACAGCAGAAUGUGGUACAAAUUCAGCAAUCGCAGCAGUUAACUCAACACACACAGCAAUUGCAAAAUCAGUCCAGCUCGAUCCACACAACAAAUCCUGAGAUCAAGGCAAUUGCUAUAAGCAUAAUGAAUUCAGCCAAUCAAUUUACCAACCGGCAGCAGCAGCAACAACAGCAACAGUCCAGUGCAAAAUCGAAUAGUAAUGCAGCAAUUCUUAGCCUCUUGAAUAGCGCACCUGCUGCGAUGACCAAUUCGCCGGUAUUGAGCAGUAGUCUUACGCUACCAGCUGGCAAAACAGUAACAGAAUUACAACAACAGCAGCUACAGCAUCAGCAACAACAACAGCAGCAGCAACCGCAACAGCAGCAGCAGCAGCAGCAGCAGCAACAGCAACAGCAACAGCAACAGCAACAGCAACAGCAACAGCAACAGCAACAGCAACAGCAACAGCAACAGCAACAGCAACAGCAACAGCAACAGCAACAGCAACAGCAACAGCAACAGCAACAGCAACAGCAACAGCAACAGCAACAGCAACAGCAACAGCAACAGCAACAGCAACAGCAACAGCAACAGCAACAGCAACAGCAACAGCAACAGCAACAGCAACAGCAACAGCAACCGCAACAGCAACAACUGCAGCAGCAACAGCAACUGCAACCGCAACAGCAACAACUGCAGCAGCAACAACAACAACCGCAACAUACCAUACAUCAUCUUCAAACAGCAGGGGUAGGAACGACAACGAUUAGUGGAGGUACCGCUGCAGCCCUUUUUAAUAGUGUGGGAGGCAGAAAAAUAAACAUUCAACAAGCACAGGGCUCUCAAAACCGUAUCCUCAACCAUGCCAAUCUCAUCACUGUCAGUGGCGGUGCUGGAACCAACAAUCAAACGCAGCUCAUCAAUAUUCAAACAAGCGAUUUGCAACAUCACCAACAGCAACAUCAAUCUGGACAAACAUUAGUCCAAUCAAUGGGGCCACAACAACAGCAACAGCAGCAGCAACAAACGCAACAACCAGGCAAUAUACGUGUUACUAUGUCUGCAUUAGCUACGCAAUUGGCAUCUCCACCCGCCAUCUUAACUACUUCCAAUCUGCCCCAGAGCUUCAAUGUUGCUGCUGCAGCUGCAGCAACAUCUAGUGGCAAUGCUUCCGGUACUACUGUUUCCUCCCAAAACACUGGUUCGUUUAGUGGUGGUAACACUUCUAGCAGUAAAUUGAUAAUAAACAACGCCAAUCAGCGUGUGUUGAACAUCAAUACCAACGCUGCGACAACCACCUCAACAGCCGCUGUUGUUGCUGCCGCUUUCGGAGGAGCAAUUCGACGGGUCAGUGCGACUGGCAACCCUGCGACGGGUACUGAUGGUGGCAUACAGCUUCAAAUUCAGGGACUCACUGCCACUCAAAGCUCGGCAAACCUUUCUGCAGGUGGAAACAUAAGCAAUAUUACUAGUGUCACGUCAGAAAGUGGAUUGCGCCGUACAGCUGUGUCCGAUCAGCUUCAGAUACAGAGCAUUGCUUCGCCCGGUAGUGAUCACUCCAAUGCAUCGUCCACUUCACUCGCCAGCAAUGGAGGCGGUGCUGGUAGCAGUGUAGGUACAUUGAAUGGUGCUAAUGCAAAUAGCAUCAUCUUUAACAACAUGACCGGCUUAAGCGCCUCGCUCGCAAAUACAGCCAGUUCUGGUGUAACGCAACCCACACUAGCUACCGGUGCCAGUGACAAUGGAGAUGGGACAAUGCAGAACCCUGUAUCCGUGGUUGGGGCAACGACCGUCGUCGGGCUAGGUGGAUUAUCAAGCAACUCUAAUAACAGCAACAACAUUGCCAGUAGCAGUAGCAGCAACGCUACCUUGUGCGGCAAUAGCUCUACAAACUCAGCAUUAAUCGAAAGACUGACUUCAUCUAGUAGCUUAAAUCUAACUAGUAAUAGUAACCUGCCGGCGGCGAGUCCCGGAUUGCAGUUUACCAUCCCAUCGCCAAAAACGCCUCAACAGCAAUCUCAAACGCAUCUUCAGAUACAAUCACCCGCAGGCUCGAUAUCGCCCCUCUCUAGUCCUCCACCACAGUCCUCCACCAUCCAUCCGCAGCAACAGCACCAACAGCUUCAGCAGCAUCAAUCCCAGCAAUCACAGCACGGCCAGGUGCAUCCGCAAGCUGGAACGCAACAGCAGCAACCUACCACAGUCAAUUUGCAAGGCUUGAACUUUGCCAGCCUACAUGGCGCAAUGACUUCCAUCCCUGGAUUGCAAAAUGUGCAGGUACAAAUUCCGGGACUUGCGCAACCUAUUUCGCUGUCCCUAUCAUCAACACCAUCUGGAGGUGCCACGAGCGUAUUGAACAAUACGGCUGCUAACAACGCAGGUCAAACAACUAGCUUGCUAGUGUCUGUCCCAGUGACUAACACAACACAGGUUGUGAACACCAUCAACGCCAGUGGUACUAGCAACAUACUCUCUGGCAACUCGCAGACGACGCAAACAGUUGUUCUUACAAAUCCACAGACGAGUGGAUCUAGUCUACUCUCUCUUCCAAUUGCUCAAAUUGUAACUUCCGGUAUGAAAGGGCUUGGCCAGCAGAGUAUACGAACCGGCACACCGUUAACUGUAAAUACUGGUCAACCGGGUCAGCAAAUUCAACUGUUGAACAUCAGCCAACGUCCACGUGCUGGACAGCUUCCUGUGGUUAGCUGCACAGGCACCUCUGCGAUGGCAACCAAACAGUUAACGGCGCGGGUGUUACAUCAUCGCCAACAAAUGGGCACAGCAGGCGGAUCGACAUUGAAAAUAGCAACCCCAAUUACAGCCUCCCAUCAUGCAGGACAACUGGGCAGUAAUUUAAACGUGACUACUAAUACUACGUCUAAUCAAUUGGUCAUGAGUACGAAACAACUACAACUAAAGCUUCAGCAGCAGCAGCAGCAGCAGCAGCAGCAACAGCAACAGCAACAGCAGCUGCAGCAGCAGCAGCAGCAGCAGCAGCAACAGCAACAGCAACAGCAACAGCAACAGCAACAGCAACAGCAACAGCAACAGCAACAGCAACAGCAACAGCAACAGCAACAGCAACAGCAACAGCAACAGCAACAGCAACAGCAACAGCAACAGCAACAGCAACAGCAACAGCAACAGCAACAGCAACAGCAACAGCAACAGCAACAGCAACAGCAACAGCAACAACAACAACAACAGCAACAGCAACAGCAACAGCAACAGCAACAGCAACAGCAACAGCAACAGCAACAGCAACAGCAACAGCAACAGCAACAGCAACAGCAACAGCAACAGCAACAGCAACAGCAACAGCAACAGCAACAGCAACAGCAGCAGCAACAGCAGCAGCUGCAGAAACAACAACAACCGGCACAGCAAAUAAUAGCUGCUGCUAGUAAUCAACAACAGCCAGGUACGACCCAAAUUCACAUUCAGCAGCAAUCACAACAAACGCCACAAUUGUUACAACAGCAGCAACAACCACAAGCACAACCACAAGCUACUCAGCAGAUAAACAUUAUAAACAAUACGGUGAUGACUCCACUAUCGAUGUCAAGCCCUGUGGCAGUGGCGAGUGCAGUAAUGUCCCAAGCGACCGCUCAUCCUAAUAUUAACGCAAUCACUGCGGCUACUGCAGCUAGCAAACAUAGGAGAAGAUCGGCAGCUGACAUGAAUAAGUAGCAGACGUAUUCGAUAAUAGAUGAGAAUCCUCGUUUUACUCCUGUAGCUGAAACACGAUACGUGGACGUUGGUCGGAGCAUAUGGCGAGCCCCCAGUAUGCAGUGCAACUAAGUUAUGCGAAGCAAAGCGAUAUCAUUCAAAUAUUGCCUGUCAUGUUACUGCUCCAACUCCAAAGUUGGUAUUACUGUCUACUUGGUUCCGAUAAAGUGAACAUAAUGAAACAGACAUUUACAGGUUACCGUGCAUGGUUACCGAGAGUAGACUAAAAAUGUGUAAAAACAUUACAAUGAGGAGGUUUGUUACACUAAGUGCGCAUACUGAAAUGUUGGUAAAUACUGCAUAACACGGUGCAUGAUGGCCAAAACUCCUCAAAACUCAGUGAGAUGAGGCGUAUUUUACUCUAAUGUACCUUUUUGUAAUAAGAUUGAUUAAUUUUUACUGCUACUAUAGUUUGUUAUCUUUCCUCGAGUAAAAUUUUAAUUUUAUUUCCGAAGACACAUUCUUACUGAUUUUUUUUUCUCAGUACCUGUAGACUUUAGUUCGUUUAAUGAAGUCGAAAGUCAUUGUCUCAACUUUUUAAAAACUCCUUCCGGUUGUGCAUGUCUAUUCAUUUCUUUUUGCAACUGUGCUUGCGAUUCUGUAUCUUCAUAUGCGGAACAAUAUGUCGUACAAAUUUAAUUAAAUUGAUACGUUGUCUGAAAAGUGGGCCGAUAUCACACGUGUUGGAUUGAUGAUACUUCGCGUGUUCUUAAAUUGAUUUGUUUGAUUGAAUGAUCAAAUGGGCUGAUUUGAAUUUUUGGUAACUCGUAUGGUUGCUUCAACUAGGCAUGAGUAGAGUCAACAGGGGCAAGGAAAAGGCAUCAUCUUAGUCAGAUCGCACUCUGCUAGUCCGAAUUAGAUCCUGAUUAAAGCGAACAAUACGUGAUAGGAGUGCGACACUUUUUGUAGACCGUACGUAAGAACCAAAAGUAAAAAUUACCUUGCCGUUAAUGUUAAGACGUAGUCCGAUGCAUAAAUAAAUUAACUGAAACCAUUCAUCUUAAAAUGCACACGUAGAUAAGUGAAGCUUAACCGAUAUGAUGGUUGGAUGGAUGGUAUCGACAGUAAUUCCGCUACCGAAGUCAGAACCUACUACUAUUGAAAUAGUCUGAUUGGUCGUCGUGGUGGUGUUGGAACUCGUGAACUCCAGUCACGAUACAAACUAACUUAAAGAUUGCAACCGAUAGAGUAGUAGGAAACGGCAGAGAUAUGUGAAUGAGGACAAGCAUAAUCGUGGAUAACAAUAAUAUGUUGAUAUUGCGUGUACCGAAUGCUACGGGUGAAAGAAGUAGUAACAUAGGCAACACAAACAAAUUGAAAAUUCGUCGGAAACACGUGAAAGUAAUAACAAUUUAAUAUAUUUAAAUAGAAAAUACAAUAAUGCGCUGUUAGGCUGAAUUGGGAAAGGGCAUUGCAUACCGGGAACACCGAAGAAACCCGAGCAAAGAAGAAGAAGACGAAAAAGAAGUUAGAUAGACCAUGGAGUAAGGAAUGUUACGAGAGAAAAUUGUCAAAUUUCAGUUUCGAAACGAUGCAAUACAUUUUGCAGUGUGAAAGACAGAACAGCCAGGUACAUGUAGCAGAAAGCUUUGCCGUAGUGUAUAAAGGGAAUGUUGACGUUGUGACAAAUGUAAAGCAGCAGAAUGAAUCCAGGCCUUCCAUAACCGCAGAACCAAUGGGUUUCUGACCUUUCUGAUAAUUUGCAAAAUUCAAUUGCUUCACAAACGAAGGGACGAGACAGAUAGGCAGCGGCGGUGUAUUGUGUUCAACAUAUCUCAAUAGUAAGCGAGGACACCACACAUGGAUCGACGUUUUUUUUUUUAAGUUGAUUUGGUUACGCAUGCUCAGGCGAGCGUGAUUUGUGUAAUGCAUAGCCAGAAUUCAGUUACAAAUAGUAUGACUGAAACUCAAAGCAGCUGGUUUAUUUUUGGUGUAAAUAAAAAUUUGUAUUAUUUAAUGAAACACUUUUUCAGUUAUUUUUUCCCGAUUGUUUCUUAGUUUUUUUAACGCUAUUGAUUAAACCAAGAGUCGACCCAUGCGCUAAGAAAAUAUUAUUCAUAGGUAUGUGAUUAUGUAUGUAAGAGAGUAAACAGAUAGUUGGUUUAAAUGUUUGUACUGCCCGCCGAGAAGCAGGAUCGCGUGUCGUGCUGCUACUACUAUUUGCUGCGUGUAACGAUAAACAGUGCUAAGCCAUCAUCUAGAUGAUAUGUUAGACAUGGAAUCUGGAUGUUCGUAGACAGUGUACCACAGUGUAACGUUCCUGAUGUACAAAAACGCUUCCCAUAUGUAGUUUGAGGCGAUGCUGCUUUGAAUAAUCUUGCAGAUGGUUUGAUAUUGAAAGCAGAGACAGGACUGGAGGGGUGAGUUAAAGAGAGCAACCAUUUAGUAGUCGGAUAAGCCCGGAUGAUUUAGCCAUGAAACCUACAACGGACUAUCCAUCGGACAUAUAAUGUUCGACGCUUGUGGUUGGACCGAAUGAUGAAUUAUUGAUGGAAAUCUCAGCUUCACCCAGGUACUUAUACUACUCAUCUGACGGCCACACGCCGAAGUGUAUGUAUUUCUGUUACGAAAGUGAAUAAUGAACUGAAACUUAAUUAAAAUGAGCUACACUCAUGACCGAAACUGUUCUCAAUUCUUAAUAGUU